CUACAUCCCUUUAAAACUAAACAAACACUAUGUCGGCUCGCAUUAAGGAUGCAGAAAAAAAGCGCGUGUUGGACGGAGCCGCACGUCAAAGGCGCGCAAGAAAAGCACUCGAGGCGUUGGAACAGGACAAUUUCCACGACGAUCCGCACGCUGACUUGGUCAUGUCCAAAAAAUUGCCCAAGUUUCAGGACAGCAUCAAGAGCGGCAAGGAGAAGAAAGGAAAACGCAAGGGCGCCGAGUACUUUCGUGCCAAAUAUCGGAAAAAUUUCCAACAGCUACUUGAGGAAGAUAAACAACAGCCUAACUAUGUGAGUGCCGCCGCCCCACCACCCAAGAAUCCUGUCCGUCAUUUCUGCGCUGUCUGUGGAAACUUCUCACAAUACUCCUGUACGGCCUGCGGCACGCGCUACUGCCGCGUACGCUGCCUGCGCACUCAUCAGGACACGCGCUGCCUCAAGUGGACCGCCUAAAAAUAAACGAAUGCUCAGAUCGGACAUAGUGUUUGCAUGAAUCCUAUUUUAUUCAAUUUGAAUAGAACAAGUAAAUAUAUUAUUUCAUUGGCAUAUAAGUA